CGCAAUCAAAUCCCCGCUCUCUUAUUUUCAUUCCCUUCCCGAGAAAACUCCUGUGAUCUUCCAUAUCGUUUCUCCUCUUUCGCAAUGGCGCGUACCAAGCAGACCGCGAGGAAGUCCACCGGAGGAAAAGCUCCGAGGAAGCAACUGGCGACGAAGGCAGCGAGAAAAUCGGCUCCGGCGACCGGAGGAGUGAAGAAGCCGCACAGAUUCAGGCCGGGGACGGUGGCGUUGAGGGAGAUCAGGAAAUACCAGAAGAGCACAGAGCUUCUGAUCCGAAAACUGCCGUUUCAGAGAUUGGUGAGAGAGAUCGCGCAGGACUUCAAGACAGAUCUGCGUUUUCAGAGCAGCGCAGUGGCAGCUCUCCAGGAAGCGGCCGAGGCGUACCUCGUCGGAUUAUUUGAAGACACGAAUCUGUGCGCGAUUCACGCGAAGAGGGUGACGAUAAUGCCGAAGGAUAUUCAACUCGCUAGGAGAAUCAGAGGUGAACGUGCGUAGGGAAAAGAUUUAGCGCCAUUAGAACCCUAAAUCGAAAGAUAAUUUGUAGGCGUGUAAUCUCUGAUGUAUGGAAUCUCCUUGUUAAUCGUAUUCUGAACAUGAAUGUUUCGAUUAUUACUGUUUAAAUGUA